CUGCCUCCAUGUGGCUGAUGACAGGGGCCCGGGGAGGGGGGAGCAGGCGUGGGGCGCGGCCGCGCCUCCCUCCCAGCCCUCCUCCCGGACAGCUGGCUUGGCGAUGAGCAGACGUGAGGGACCGGCCGGCCGCCCCGGCUCUGCAGGAGGCUACCAGGCUCCCGAGCGUGCCUCAGUGCCUGGGUCGGGAGCGGCUUGUGUGGGACUCCCUGGCAGGCCGCGAGCAGAGUCCCGGCCUGGCCAUGGGGCACAACGGGAGUUGGGUGUCUCCAAACGCCAGCCAGCCGCGCAACACGUCGGGGGCCGAGGCUGCGGGCUUGAACCGCAGCGCGCUGGGGGAGCUGGGCGAGGCGCAGCUGUACCGCCAGUUCACCACCACGGUGCAGGUCGUCAUCUUCAUCGGCUCGCUACUCGGAAACUUCAUGGUGUUAUGGUCAACUUGCCGCACAACCGUGUUCAAAUCUGUCACCAACAGGUUCAUUAAAAACCUGGCCUGCUCGGGGAUUUGUGCCAGCCUGGUCUGUGUGCCCUUCGACAUCAUCCUCAGUACCAGUCCUCACUGCUGCUGGUGGAUCUAUACCAUGCUCUUCUGCAAGGUCGUCAAAUUUUUACACAAAGUUUUCUGCUCUGUAACUAUCCUCAGCUUUCCAACCAUUGCUCUGGACAGGUACUAUUCAGUUCUCUAUCCCCUGGAAAGAAAAAUAUCUGAUGCCAAGUCUCGGGAACUGGUGAUGUACAUCUGGGCUCACGCAGUGGUGGCCAGUGUUCCUGUGUUUGCGGUGACUAAUGUGGCUGACAUCUAUGCCAUGUCUACCUGUACCGAAGUCUGGAGCAACUCUUUGGGCCACCUGGUAUACGUUCUGAUUUAUAAUGUCACUACGGUCAUCGUGCCUGUGGCUGUGGUGUUCCUCUUCCUGAUUCUGAUCCGGCGGGCCCUGAGUGCCAGCCAGAAGAAGAAAGUCAUCAUUGCUGCGCUGAGGACCCCACAGAACACCAUCUCCAUCCCCUAUGCCUCUCAGCGGGAGGCUGAGCUACACGCCACCCUGCUCUCCAUGGUGACAGUUUUCAUCCUCUGCAGUGUGCCCUAUGCCACACUGGUCGUCUACCAGACUGUGCUCAAUGUCCCUGACACUUCGGUAUUCUUGCUGCUCACUGCCAUUUGGCUUCCCAAAGUCUCCCUGCUGGCAAACCCUGUGCUCUUUCUAACUGUGAACAAAUCAGUACGCAAAUGCUUGGUAGGGACCCUGGUACAGCUGCACCACCGGUACAGUCGCCGUAAUGUGGUUAGUACUGGGAGUGGGGUGGCUGAGGCCAGCCUGGAGCCCAGCAUGCGCUCCAGCAGUCAGCUCCUGGAGAUGUUCCACAUUGGGCAGCAGCAGAUCUUUAAGCCCUCAGAGGAUGAGGAAGAAAGUGAGGCCAAGUAUCUUGGCUCAGCUGAUUUCCAGGCCAAGGAGGCACUUACCUCCUGCCUGGAGGGAGAACAGGGGCCACAGCUUGCACCCCCUGCACCACCCCCAGGCACAGUGGACUCUAUAUCCCAGGUGGCUCCAGCAGCCCCUGUGGAACCUGGGACAUUCCCUGACAAGUAUUCUCUGCAGUUUGGCUUUGGGCCUUUUGAGUUGCCCCCUCAGUGGCUCUCAGAGACCCGCAACAGCAAAAAGAGGCUACUUCCUCCCCUGGGCAAUACCCCAGAAGAGCUUAUCCAGACAAAGGUGCCCAAGGUAGGCAGGGUAGAGCGGAAGAUGAGCAGAAACAAUAAAGUGAGCAUUUUUCCAAAGGUAGAUUCCUAGCAAGGAUUAUAAGUUCUCAGGAGCCACAGGGAACUUAUAUAUUCCUGCCCUCCCUUCACACUGGCCACAAGCCACCCAUAGGGUGAUUCCUCCUAUAUGGGGCAGAUGCUUCUGAAGGAAAGGGAAGUUGAUAUAAAACAAAUGUCCUCUUUAUUGAGGGAAUACACACACACACACACACACACACACACACACACACACACACACACACAUAUCUGUCUCAGUGAUCCAUGUCCUUUAUCAAGCUCAUCUUUCUUUCUGUAAUGAAAGCUGGGAAGCUUGGAACAGGUCUUAGGAUAUGCCAUGCACGUUUUCUGGGGAUUCCUCCUUUCCCUGGGCUCAGCAGAGAACUCAAAGGGAACAGGUGCUCUGAAGAAGCCCACGAUAAUUAUGAACUGCAGUAGCCACAGAGAAGAUGCUGAAUUGACUAAGUGAAUAAGACAACUAGAGAAAGCAUGUGCAUUAAGAGGGAAGGGUCAUGGAGUCUGAUGCUGUUUCCUGAGAAGCCUCAAUCAUCUGACUUACCAUUUUCCACAAUACCUUUCUGUUAGGGUUCCAAAUAGCAGCAGUUUCCCCUCUCCCCAACAGGGACCUCACCUUGACCUUUGGAGUCAAGGGAAACAAACUCUGCUGAGAAGCAGCCUGCCUCUCCUCUGAUCUCCAAAGAU